UCUCUCGUCAUUUUCGGUUCCUUCAUCAUCAACCCAGAUUCAAGCUACCGUUGAGGUUGAAACUUGGUUUUUGAAAAGCAGCAUCAUUCUUCUUCUGAGUCAACUCAGCUAAGAGUUUCCUUCAUCUGGUGCUAUUUUACUAAUCAAUAUGGCCUAUGAUAUAAGUGAGAUAAAGAAGAUUGGUAUUGGCUUAAUUGGUUUCGGUAUCUUUUUCACAUUUCUUGGCAUAGUUCUUUUCUUUGACCGUGGUUUACUUGCUCUGGGAAAUAUUUUUUGGUUGGCAGGGGUGGCAAUUUUGCUUGGUUGGCGUUCCAUGUGGGCACUCUUCACUAAUAGAGCAAAUUUUAAGGGUACUGCAUCAUUUCUUCUAGGCCUUUUUUUCAUUUUUGUGAGGUGGCCAAUAGUUGGUAUAAUACUUGAAAUAUACGGUUGUGUUUUUCUCUUCAGUGGUUUUUGGUCAUCUGUCAAAGUGUUUCUCUACCAUAUCCCUAUUGUUGGAUGGAUUAUACAGUUUAUUUCUCCUCCUUGAUCGUGGCAGAAGGGAAUUUGACUGAUUGCUUCCUAGUAUGUGGCUUUUCGAGACCUCACCAGGAUGUUGAAACUCUUAUUGUUUGUAUACUUUUGGUUUGUAAAGAUUCACAGGCUAUUUGUUUUAUGGAAUUAAACUUUUAAUACUGACAAAGAAAUGAAGAUAUAUGCUACUAAAAAGAA